AUGGGUGUGCCCGUGCGCUGCCCGCCCCGCCCCUGCCGGCCAGACAAUGGGGGAAGACUGGGCCCCCGGGCUCGGCCGGGCUCGCGAAAGUACUCCCGCCGAGCAUGCGCUGCGCCGCGGGGCCUGCCGGGAGUUGUAGUCCAUGAGCCAGGCCUCCUGCGUGGGCGACUGGGGACUAGCUUUGGAGGGGGCGGGCGGGUGUUCCCCAACUUGGAGGAGGGGCCUUUUCCUUCCUCCAACGAGGAGCGGCGUGCUUAUUCAGCAGCCCAGCUCAGCCUUUCCCUGGGCUUGGGGCUGCAUAUGGAAGAGGAGCGGGUUGGGGAGCAGUCGGGAAAGCACAGGUUCCGACACCCGGAUGGGCUUGAACUGGAACUUGCAGCCGAAGCAGAGCGCGGAGUCGCUAAAGAAGGACACGGACACGAUGGGGCGCUCGAAGAUGUGGAUGGGGUCCACGUGAGACACGAUGCAGCCGCCGGGCUGAUAGUCGUUGAUGACGGCGCUGUUGACGAAGCCCUCGGGGAUGACGCGGUGCUCCACCAGCUUCUGGAUCACCAGCUGGUGCACCCACUCGGGGAUCUCGUCCACAUCGCCCGGCGGGUACAGGCGCUCCUGGCCAGGCCCGCGCUUCUGCAGCUGGGCGCCGUACGUGUAGCCCUCGCCGAAGAAGUACUUGUUGCGCAGCGGGGCCCGGUCCACCGUGUGCUCGUUGUACAGGCCCUUCUCGGCGCGGGACACCACCUCGUCGAUGCGGGCCUCGAUCUUGGCGCACUCGUCCUGGCUGAAAAGACGCAUCUGGCGAAUGCCGCUCUUCACCUUGCGCGCCUCCUCCUCCUUCUGCAGCUGCUGCUCCUCGUAGUCGCUGCGCUCGGGGUCCGAGUCCUCCUGGUACUUGCGCUUAGCCCCGGACACCGGGUAAGGUUCGGCGGCGGCGGCGGCGGCGGCAGCGGCGGCUACGGCGGCGGCGGCGGCGGCCGCUGCCUCUCGGCUGCCCGCCUUAUAGUUGUCCCGGGACGUCAUGGAUUUGAGCUUCUCACGCAGGUCCGUGUAACCGCUGGCGGCCGCCAUGGCCCCCACGACGCUGCUCUAGGGUCCUCCGGGGCCGGAGGGGCGGCCGGGCAUGGCUCUCGGAGGACGCGCCCCGGCGCCCCCGGAGAAAUGGGGUUCCCUCAGCGCCAGGCCCCCAUGCGAGACCGGGGGACCCGGCGGGGGGGGGGCGUCGAGGGAACGGGCGCGGGGUCGGGCCUCAGGGGCGGCGGGUCAUGCAGCGGUGGCGGCAACAGGGCUUCCUUCCCCACCUUCUUCACGUCCCACGGAGCAAGGGCGCCGGCAGCGCCUCAUGCCGCGGAGGGCCGCUGCGGAGGACCGACCCGACUCCCAGCCAGACCCUCAGACGCCCGGCCCAGCCCGCACUUUAAAGCGCUCCUCACGACGUCACGGGCCGUUCGCCCGACGUCCGCCAGCGCCGCUCCUCAGCGAGCUCCUCAGCGCGCACGCGCAAUGCCGCCAGCCACCGCGGCUCCGCGCGCAGCGGGCAUGCGCGUGCGUGUAGGCCGGGUCACCGGAGGCGCCCGCGCAAGCGCAGACGGGGACCGCUCGGCGUCCGACGCCCCUCCCCCACUCACUGAAGGACUCCGAGGGAGCACCCUCAAACAGCAACCUGCCUCCUUGACGCGCCUCCUCCGCGACCGAAGGGCUCCCUCCACAGGGGUGCGCUCACACUGUCAACGCUCUCGCGAUGCUGCGUCACGGCAUCGUCCAAAGGCUCGAAAACGCCUCAGCCCUCAACGCGCAACCACCGGGGAACCGCCACAACCUAGGCUGCCCCGUCACCGCCCCCUUUUGCGUUUCCAGUUCUUUCAUUGGGUCACCGGCCACGCGCCGGGCGGGCCCAGACAGGAGCUUCCGGAAAUUGGUUCGCAUUCGUGUCUGUCAAUCAAGUGGUCGCCUUGGUUACUGCGUCCGUCACUUAAUUAACUGCGUGGAGGGCGUCGAGGACC